AUGGACGCUGGUCGCAAGUACUGCCCGAAGCGACCGUCCGCUGUUCUCGGGCAAAUUCGGGAGGACUUCACAGCAGGAUUUCUUGCACAGAAAUGUGAUCAGAAAGGAUCGCUGUUUUCUAGCCACCAGUGUUUCUGCGCCGGCCUCCUUCCUCUUGGACGGUCGAUGUGGCUUGCAGACACAGAAUACCUGCAUUCGAUACAUGCCUCAUCUGCCCCUCAUGUCGUUACUUGUGCGAGCGAUAAGGAAGGACAUGCUUCCUCAUACACCAACUACUGCCACCGGCGCAAAACCAUCUUCUGCUUCACCGCAACAACGCGUUCUUGGACUGGGCAUUCUCAACGAAACUGCCUGCCCACUCGGCUCCACUUGGCAUCUGAAGUGCAGACAAACUUAAAACCGGUCAAAGUCCUGUUCGAAAGAACGUGGUGGACCGCUGGAGCGAGAAUCUUUCCUUGCUGUGCCGUCAGAAAGCGCGAUUCACUCAGCUACGUCAUCAAAGACAUUGUUGUCGAUGCACCCCGAUCGAUAACCCGGAUGAUAUAUGAGAUAGAGCACUGGCCUGGAAGUACAAACCCCGUCGGGCAAGUGGACAAGAUCAGAGAUCUGAAUCGUGCAAGAAACCGUGGGGGUGCCAUUUCAGACCGACAAGAUACAAGCAGGCCGCGUACCCGUCACUACUACGUGAUUGUAUUGUAUUGGCACUAUCAGCUCAACGAUAAGCGCGCAACAGACCAGCGAAUCGCCGACCGCAACAUCGAGCAUAUCGUCUGUAUCGUCCUCGAUUGCCGAUGA